AUGCCAUCCACCCUUUGCAAAAGAUGCGAAGUUCUUUACUUUAGCGCCGAGUCCCUCGCUCGAUAUGGCUUCACCGAGGUUGGAUCAGAAUCCAGCGGACCCCAUUUGCAAUUCCCAGCUGGGCAACAUUCCAUUCCUAUCGAAUUCGACUGUCGUGAUGACCUCCCCGAAUUACCGGCUCUUAGAGCGUCAGGCGAGGCAGGAUGCCUAUUCUGUCCAGCGCUCCGGAAAUCGCUACUGAAUGGCAUUAGCGAACGUCGUCUUCGCAGCUGGGCCCCGGAAGAGCACGAUCAGAAAUACUCCAAAGUCAAGGUGGUCAAGGUUUCACUGAUGGCGGAAUUCAGAGUCUCGAACGACGAGAGAAGUAAAUUCGCUGCAAUUAUAAUUGAAUGGGAUCUUCUCAGACCAGGACAGGAUCGAUUUGCGGGCGACAUGACUGGGCCCGAUGGUCUAAUUUAUUUCAAGCUACGUGCACAUUCUGAUGACCCCCUUGCACGCUAUCUAGGCAUCGCAUAUCCUCAUCCCGAUCAAGACAGGCUAUCCACUGAAAACACAAAGACAAUCCGAGACCAUUUGACUGAAUGCGACCAGCACCAUAAUCAUGCCUCCAGCGUUAUCCACCAUGGGGAGUCCAUAGACGACAGGUUGCCUCUCCGGCUUAUUGAAAUCACUCAAGACCAGGAAGGGAAAAAGCUACGCUUAGUGGAAACCAAAGAUCUGAAUAGUCAUGGUUCAAACUGUCAAGAUGCCUCUAAUGUACCAAAGUAUGCUGCACUCAGCUACCGCUGGGGCUCCGACGAGUUUCUCGCCACAACUCCCAGCAACCUCCAAGCGCAUUACCAGGAUAUCCCACUAUCGCCAUUCUCGGCAGAUGACCCCACAGCGACUCUACCGCCUGGUUUCAGAGACGUGGUUGACAUAUGCUGCGCAUUGGGCAUUUCCUAUUUAUGGAUUGACAGCCUCUGCAUCAUCCAGAAGGAAACGAGAACCAAGGAGAAGGGUCUUCUUGAGAUCCAACAGGACCAGUCCCGACGCGAUUGGGCCUCGGAGUCGACCAAAAUGCACAGCAUCUAUAUGUCAUCAUACCUGACAAUUUACUUGACUGCCACGGAUACACCCCUUCAGAAUGUCUUUGAUCGACCUGUAUGCGGAUCUAAAUCUCUGGUACCCAUUACAUACUCCAUCGAUAACCACCCUGGAAUCCACGGCUCGUUCUUCAUCGAACCCUCACCUUACACAGGCGAACUGGAUCACCUUUUCUGGAACCCCUACCUAGCCGCCGAAGACGAACUGGACUCGUCAGUAUGGAACACCCGCGGCUGGACCCUGCAGGAACGACUCCUAUCACCACGAAAACUCUACAUCGGAGUGACUGAUAUGCUCGGUCUAGGUUUAUUUACCUGCCCCUCACCAAAAGAUUAUGGGCGCGAUGUCGAUCUGGCCAAACGGCCCCGACGCCACAAGUCACUAGAUAAACUAGAGAUCGGCGGAACAUCAUCUUCGACGGGCGCAGAAGGUCCCGACAAAACCGAAUUAUACAAUGCCUGGUACAAAAUCGUGGAAGACUACACCUGUCGCGAUCUGACCGUCCAAAGCGACAAGUUACCCGCGGUUGCCGGCAUCGCGCGCACUCACGCUUUGGCUUUAAAUGAUGAGUACCUUGUCGGAUUAUGGGUCCAGGAUCUGGCCUCGGGACUUCUUUGGGCCACCCGUAACGCGAUGAGUCCCGGGAUGGAUCGAUGGUUCGGGGAAAGAGAACGUCGGCCAAUGAUCCCAACGAAAAAUUAUCGGGCGCCGACAUGGUCGUGGUGUGCCAAUGAUGGGGCGGUUGAGUUUCUUGCAAGUAAUCUCUAUAAUCCGAGACCGGAAAUUGAGGUUCUCGGUCACGAUAUAAUCCCGCAGUACGCGGGAGACAGUUAUGGGCAACUGGCAGUCGACCAAGGUGACCGGGGGUACGUGAAGCUCAGAGCAAAAAUUAGAGCGGCCCGUAUGGAGGCUCGCUUUCAGCCAAUACCAGAAGGCAUGCUGUGGGCUUUCCCCGGUCUGAAGAACCGUGAUCCCGAGGAGGAAAAUAAAAAGUUUCAAUUGCGAUAUGUCCAUGUGGCUGACGGUACUAAAGGGAGUCAUAGUGAGACUAUAUUCCUGGAUCAUGCAGGGUGCUAUCUUGACGAACAGGAAGUCUACCUGAUGAUCGUAUCGAGAGGUGAUGGAAAAGUAUGGUCGGAGCCUGUAAGGUACGAAGAUGGGGUCCAGUCUGCCGGGUUGGUGCUGCUGAAGUGUCCGAAUCAGACGAGAAUGGAGUUCAAGCGGAUUGGCUUCUAUGAACAUUUCUAUGAUUUUGGUCUUACCCCGGUCUUCGAUGAUUGUGAGCCGCAGACUAUCUAUCUGGUCUGA